AUGGUCCUCUACGAGGACGAAUAUGGCAACACUGUUUCAAUCGGUGCCCUCAAGGGUGCCAGUAGCGGAGACGUGUACCGCUUCUGCAUUCCCAUGAUGGUCCUGACAACCUUGUCAGUCGCGUUGCGUGUAUACGUACGUGGCUAUAUGACGAAAAUUUUUGGUCUCGAGGACUGGCUCAUCAUCCCUGCAUAUAUCUUGUUCAUGGCACUUUGUAGUUGUGCGAUUCUAACAGCGGUAUGGAUCACACGUGAGGAUGUCGUGGAGCGCUUUCCCAGGGUCAUCAAACUCAUCACAGGAAAUACCGUGAUUUAUAUAGCGGACCAGAUCUUCAUCAAGAUGUCCGUGGCUGCUUACUUCUACCGCAUCUGCGAACGCUGGCAGCGCUAUGUUGUUGUUGUUACUGUCACCAUAUUUACAGCAUACAACUUUGCGUUCAUGUUUAUCAGCCUCUUCCAGUGUGGCGUGCCCACCAUCCCGAACCUUCUGAGACCAAAUUUCGAUGGUCACUGUAUCGACUGGAAUUCUAUCGUUAAACCUCUAUUGGUUGUCGGAGUUUCACUGAAUGCAGUUUGCGACUGGGUGUUUGUCCUCGCAUGCCUCCCAGUACUUACCAAGCUACGACGCAUGCCGACUGGCGAGAUGGUCUGCGUCUGCUUCUUGAUAUUCCUAGCUACUGGAGCCAGCGUUCUUUCACUGGUCCGAUUAAGAUUUCUACCUGGCACGGGCUCAGAAGUCCUGCUGUUGAGUCAAAACAGACAGUUUGCCGUAUUGUCUUUUACGGAAGCUGGAACUUCCAUCGUCACGAUUUGCAUGGCGACCUUGCACCCACUGUUCCUGGCUUGUGUCCGAAGGAGAGGAACCUCCAGAUAUCCACCAAACAGCAGUCCUAGGAAUCCCAACUCUUCCGAGCCAUGUCCAUCCGAGAAGCGAACAGCGCCCAGCAGCACGGAGGAGAUGUCGACCGAGCACUCGAGCCUUGGUCGAAUAGGCAUACUUCCUACAAUAUACGACACCGAGAUGGGCACCAUGGCCGAGCGCAAUUCACCUAGGCUCGGAUAUACCACUGACUGGACAUGA